CAUUCUACAACCGUGUUUAAUCGCCUAAUAUUAAGAAUGUCUUUAUCUAACAAACUCUCCGUCAAGGACUUGGACGUAGCUGGAAAGCGUGUCUUUAUCCGUGUUGACUUCAACGUCCCAUUGGACGGUAAGACCAUCACCAACAACCAAAGAAUUGUUGCUGCCCUCCCAACCAUCAAGUACGUCUUGGAACAAAAGCCAAAGGCUGUCGUCUUGGCCUCCCACUUGGGUAGACCAAACGGUGAACGUGUUGACAAGUACUCCUUGGCUCCAGUUGCCGCUGAAUUGCAAAAGUUGUUGGGCAAGGACGUCCACUUCUUGAACGACUGUGUCGGUAAGGAAGUCGAAGACGCCGUCAACGGUGCCAAGGACGGUGAAGUUUUCCUUUUGGAAAACUUGAGAUACCACAUCGAAGAAGAAGGUUCUGCCAAGAAGGACGGCCAAAAGGUCAAGGCUUCUGCUGAAGAUGUCCAAAAGUUCCGUGACCAAUUGACUGCUCUCGCUGACGUCUACGUCAACGAUGCCUUUGGUACCGCCCACAGAGCCCACUCCUCCAUGGUUGGUUUGGCUCUCCCACAAAAGGCUGCCGGUUUCUUGAUGGCCAAGGAAUUGGAAUACUUUGCUAAGGCCUUAGAAAACCCAACCCGUCCUUUCCUCGCCAUCUUGGGUGGUGCCAAGGUUUCCGACAAGAUCCAACUUAUCGACAACUUGUUGGACAAGGUUGAUCUUUUGAUUGUUGGUGGUGGUAUGGCCUUCACCUUCAAGAAGGUUUUGGACAACAUGUCCAUCGGUGACUCUCUUUUCGACGCCGAAGGUGCCAAGCAAGUCGAACACCUCGUUGCUAAGGCCAAGAAGAACAACGUCAAGAUUGUCUUGCCAAUCGAUUUUGUCACCGCCGACAAGUUCGACAAGGACGCCAAGGUCUCCACCGCCACCCAAGAAGAAGGUAUCCCAGACAACUGGAUGGGUUUGGACGCUGGUCCAAAGUCCAGAAAGUUGUUUGAAGAAACCGUUGCCGAAGCCAAGACCAUUGUCUGGAACGGUCCACCAGGUGUCUUUGAAUUCGAAAACUUUGCCGCCGGUACCAAGUCUCUCUUGGACGCUGCCGUCAAGUCUGCCGAAGCCGGCAACACCGUCAUCAUCGGUGGUGGUGACACCGCCACCGUUGCCAAGAAGUACGGUGUCGUUGAAAAGUUGUCUCACGUUUCCACCGGGGGCGGUGCCUCUUUGGAAUUGUUGGAAGGUAAGGAAUUGCCUGGUGUAGUUGCCAUUUCCAGCAAAUAGCAAUUAAAGUUGUAAUUAACUAGAAAAAUAAAUAAGAAUUAAGUAAA